CAAACGCGUCAGCGCGCUCAGCCAGGCGGACACAGUGCGACUCGGCCGCCAGGUGGGACCAGCAAGCAGCUCCGGCGCCACCAUGGAGUGCCACAUCUGCGACGAGGAGUUCAACCAGGUGGAGCGCCUGCCCAAGAACUUGCCGUGCGCGCACACAUUUUGUCUGCGGUGCCUCCAGCGGCUCGACAGGAGGGAGUGCCCGACGUGCCGCAGGGUCUUCGAAGUCUCACCGGAUGAACUACCUAGUAACUUCCAACUCCUAGAGGUGAUGGAGCGUUCAGACAGGCCGUCCCGUGGCUGGUGCUCGGACUGCCGCGCUGCCGCCACGCCCCGCUGCUGGGGUGAGGACCACGACGUUCUGCCCGAGAGGAGGGCCCUGAGGCGCCACCUGCAGGGCGCGCUGCAGCAGGCGCCUGGACAGCUGGAACACCUGCAAGACCAAUGCCAGGGAGAGCAGGUCGUUCAAGCCCUCACCCUGCUGACUGCAGAGUCGUGCAGCUUGACCCUCAAGGCCGGCAGCCAGGAGCUGACGGGCAACGUGGGGAACACGGAGGACCCCCUCACCCAGCUCAUGUGGCU